AUGAAGUUGACGUGUUUCUUAGUCGCAGCAGCACUCACAACUUCGGCUCUGUGUCAAGGUUUGUAGAAAAAAAGGUUCUUAAUCUUGAAAGGCGAUUUUAGCUGAUUCGGAGAAGAAGUCGGAGCUGCCAUGGAAGGAUGGAGGGGAUGGUGAGUAAUUUUAUGAAGUUGUAUUUCAAUAAAAAGUUAUUUUUCAGCUUGCAAAAACCUUCUCGAUGGGUUAUAUCCGGUGGCUCCUUGCGCUACAGAGUUUCUGACCUGUUCGGGGGGAGUUGCUCGACUUAUGGAGUGCCCGUCUGGACUCUUCUACGAUAAGCUUUCGAAAAUCUGCGAUUGGAAGCACAACGUCGCCGAAUGUUCGAAAACCGUUCUCGAAGCUGCACGAGAAGCCUCUGGAGAGUUCUCUGGAGAAGCUUCGGGUGAAAAUUCCGGAGAAGCUUCGGGCGAAAGCUCCGGAGAAGCUUCGGGCGAAGGUUCCGGCGAAUGGAUCGAUGGAGGCGAUGGUUUGAACAAUCUAACUUUUUUUUAAAUCACAGUUUUCAAGUUUGCCAAAAAUUGCCCGAUGGAAUUUAUGCUCGAGGAACGUGUGAGUCCAACUUCUUGACGUGUUCUGGCGGCAUCGCUCGAAUCAUGAACUGUCCGGCAACGCUCUUCUUCAACCCUCAAAUUUUGGUGUGCGACUGGGAAACCAACGUCAUCGGCUGCGAAGGAUCUGGAAGCUCCGGAGAAUCUUCUGGUGAGAGCUCUGGUGAAGGCUCCGGUGAAGGCUCCGGUGAAGGCUCUGGCGAAAAUGACUGGGUUGAUGCUGGGGAAGGUUAGUUUUCAUUUUCAUUCAAUCAAAGUUUAUGAUUUUUUUUUCAGUUUGCAAUGAUAUUCCCGACGGACUCUACCCAAUCGGCAUUUGCGAACCUCACUUCCUGACUUGCUCCUCCGGAUCUGGACGUUUGAUGCGAUGCCCUGCGGCUCUUUUCUUCGACCCUCUGAACGCUGUCUGCGAGUUCCCCUUCAAACUCGAGGGUUGCUUGGAGAAGAUCAUCGAAGAGGGGUCUUCUGAGUCUUCGGGCGAAUCAUCUGGGGAUAACUCGACUGAAUCUUCGGGCGAGGUUUCUGGAGAAUCUUCCGGACAAAUCGCCGGCGUUAUUUCAUGGGUCGAUGGAGGCGACAGUUUGUAGAUUUUUUUUUUCAAGGUUAUCUGUUUUUUCUAGAAUGCGAGAACCUGCCUGACGGACUUUAUCCUAACGGAGCCUGCUCCUCCAAGUUUUUGACAUGCUCUGGAAGACUCGCCAAGAUCAUGGACUGUCCUUCUUCGCUGUUCUACGACCCAAGCAAGAUGGUCUGCGGAGUGAGGUCCGAAGUCCUCGGAUGCUCGGUCGCUCCUGUCACCGAGUGCAAGGUUUUCACAACAAGUGAUUCUAAACACACCUUCAGUUUCUUUCAGAAAGACGGACUUUUCUCCUUCGGAAAAUGCUCAACUCAGUUCACGUCUUGCGUCAACGGACGAGCCAUCCUCAUGUUCUGCCCCAGUUCUCUGGCUUUUGAUGAAUCAGAGCAGACCUGCAAUUACCCCAAAGAAGUCAAGGAAUGUGAAAACUCGACUGGUAAUCGUCUGUUUUUGAAUUUUCAAGGCUGAAAGGUUCAGGCUCUGGUGAAAGCUCUGGCGAAUCUUUCAUCGAACAAUCCGGAGAAUUCUCUGGUGAGUCCUCCGGCGAGUCUUCCGGAGAGUCUUCCGGAGAAAGCUCUGGCGAAUCUUCUGGUCAAGAAACGGCUGAGUUCUGCAAGAGCAAGGAUGACGGAUUCUACUCGGCUGGUAUGUUUUGUACAUUUUCUCCUGCAGCUACAUUUUAUCUCAUUGUUCAUUUUGAGGAUGCGGUUCGCUAGUUUACGCCUGCUCAAAGUCGCAAACUGAUCGCCUCGACUGCCCGUCACACCUCGUUUUCAACGACGAGAAGAAGUAUUGCGAUUUCCCAUCCAAGUCUUCCGACUGCACUGACCUCAUCGAACAAGGUUUUGGUAUUCCCAUUGAAAUGGAACCAUUUUUUUUUCUCCAGAGGCUAUCACGGCAUUGAGACCAAGUACUGUCAAGUGUGAGAUCGACGGGAUCUUGGUCAGCAACGAAUGCUCUCAAAGAUUCGGUCUGUGUACGUCGGGAACUCUGAUUCCAUUCACAUGCAACGCCGGUGCUGUCUUCGCCAUCAACAAUGGAACAUGCAUCAUCUCUGACGAGGUCCCUCAAUGCCACCACUAA